AUGCAAUAUUCUCCACCUAAUAAAAACAAUAGAAAAAAUAUUUCAAAUUCUAUUAGAACGAAAAAAAAUAGCUCUACAUUUGAAAGAGAUUUAGUGGAUGAUCAAAGUAAAAAUAAUUUAAAAAAAAAAUUGAAUGUUGCAAAAAAUAAUAUAAAGCAAACAGGUGUUAUUAGUCCUAUUGAAUUGGUUACAAAUACUAAUGAGAAUCAAAUAAGUACUUCAAACAUUGAAUCAGUAUCACCUAAUGAAAAUGAAAAAAAAUGUAAAAAGGUUAAAAAAGAGUCUGCAAAUACUUUUAAUAAAUUAGUAGUCCUUCCACCAAACUCUUUUUCCUCACCAGAAAGUAUUAGAGAAAACUGUCUCAAUUCUAAAUAUUUACGAUAA